GAAGAUUUUCUGCGAAACAAUGAUGAACAGUCAACAGCGAUUAAAGAAGCACUAUCUUCACGAUUUACAUUGAUACAAGGCCCUCCAGGUACGGGGAAAACUUCAACAGGAAUAAAGCUCAUAUUGUUAUUUGUAAAAAUUAAUUUGGAAUAUCGGAAAAGCGGUGGUGACCACAAACAAGUCGUAUACUGCGGGCCAUCCAACAAGUCUGUUGAUUUAGUAGCGCGACAACUUCAUCUGGAGCUGAGAUCAAAAAACCUUUGUCCAAAUAUGGUGAGAAUGUACGGGAGUUCCAUAGAAAAUACGGUCUAUCCGAUACCAGGCAGGGACUACAUCAAUCGGACGUCUUGUAGAGACAACCGACCCGACCCGGACUUAGCAGAUGUUUCACUCCAUAACUUGGUAAGAAAAGACGGUAAACCAUUUGCAUCAGAAUUAAAGCAGCUAGAUAAACUCUUUCAAAAAAAUCCAGAAGAAGUUGAUCCUGAAAAGAUUAUUGAGUAUAUGAAGAUACUCAGCAAAGCUACUCAGGAAGAGCUCAAGCAUUAUGACGUCAUUUUCUGCACAACUUCCGUUGCAACAAAUCCGAAACUUCUUAAAGCUACAAAAGGAAAGGUCUUUCAAUUGAUUAUUGACGAAGCAGGAAUGUGCACUGAACCAGAAACAAUCGCUCCAAUUAUUGCAACGGAAGCAGAACAAGUAGUUCAUAUUGGAGAUCACAAACAACUUCAACCAAUCAUCAUUUGUCCCGAGGCUGGUAGACUGGGGCUUUCCAAAACUUUAUUUGAACGGUAUUCUGACAAUGCAGUGUUCUGAAAGUCCCAGUACCGUAUGAAUCCGAAAAUUUGCGAAUUCCCAUCAAAACAAUUUUACAAAGACAGGCUAAACACUGAAAGCUCAAAAAAAUGGCACACUGAGAAACAACUUUCAUUGUGGAAGAGGUCGGAUAUACCUCUGCUGUUUUGUCAUGUACAGGGAGAAGAAAAAUGUCUGGCAGUGGCCACGGAGGAAGGAAAUCAGCAGUCACGUAGCAAUAUGGCGGAAGUGGAACAUGUGGUUAAAGUGUAUACUUUUCUGGUAAAGCAAGAAAAGUUGGCAACACCAACAGUUAGAGUUCUGACGCAAUACAAUGCACAGCGCCAUGCAAUAAACGAAGCACUUCAGAAGAAAGGUUUCGACAAUGCUGAAGUAAAUACAGUGGUAUCCAGUCAAGGUGGAGAAUGGGAUUACGUGAUAUUUAGUACUGUGCGAUCUCUCCCCGACUACAGAAUAGAGGAACACCCAACAUUGGGAUGGUGCAUGCAGAACCUGGGCUUUAUUACUGACCAACAUCAAAUCAACGUGGCUCUUACUAGGGCAAGGAAAGGACUCAUUAUAAUAGGAAAUCAACAAUUGCUAAAAUGUGACGUUGUAUGGAAAGAACUGCUAAAACAUUACCAUAGACAAGGCUGUAUAGUGGAUUCUGAGGGACUAGACGAGAGGCUUGGUGACAGCUGACAUUUACGUGAAAUGAAAGUCAAAUCAACCCCUGUGUGAGAACUCUUAUCCUUUACUUUUUAAUUGUGAUCCUCCAUAAAUCUAUACUACAUAUUACUUCUAAAAUAGUUUACACUUUUGUAACAGACUUUAAUGUGUUGAGUGUUUCUUUUAUAUGCACAAGCCAGACACUACCAUUUUAAUUUGUAAAUAAAAGUGUUUUAUUAG